UGCUCAUCGAUGGGAUCGCAGCCUAGAUAGGCAGAGGGGAACUGGCAGGGCCGCAGAGGGUGCAGUGUGGCUUCUCCCGGGUGAAACUGAGCCUUUCUUGCAGACAGAAGAUUAUGGCUGUGCUGAAGAUCUCCUCGCUCCUCGCCGUUUACGCUUUGGUGGCCUGCCAGAUGGAGAACGGCCAGGCAGUCCCGCUCAGAGCGGGCUUCGAGCCUGUCACCGACCGAGACGCCCUGGGGGACUACGAAGCUCGGCGGUUACUCAACGCCCUGGUGAAGGAAUACGUCCAGAUGACCGCGGAAGACCCGCUCCAGAGCAGCGAAGGCAGUAGCUUGGAUAGACCUAUUUCCAAACGUUGUGCCAACCUGAGCACUUGUGUGCUGGGCAAACUGUCUCAAGAAUUGCACAAGUUGCAAACAUACCCUCGUACUGACGUCGGGGCUGGAACGCCUGGCAAGAAAAGGAAUGUGUUGAGUGAGCUGGAAAAUGAACGCUAUGCAAACUACUGAGGAAGCCCCCUCGGAAGCAACUAGAUGGGCUCGGCUUCCUCUUUGAUUUUA